AUGCGAGAUGGGUGUCCAAAAGCUGAGGAUAUCCUUCACGUGUUACGUGAUCGUGUGGCCUUAUUACCUGGUGCAAGGGAUAGGAACGGUCGGGCUGUGAUUAUCUUCCCAGCUCGAGAAAAUACUACGCCAAUUAAUCCCGAUCAUAUUCGAAAUAUACUUAUUUAUCUCCAUGCUGUUACUGCAGAUGAUUACAAGGAUCGUGGAUUUACGAUCAUCAUCGACAUGCGUAAAGGCACAACGUGGAAUAAUGUUAAACCUAUUCUCAAAUCUAUACAGGAACAUUUUCCUGCGGAAGUGUAUGCUGUUUUGAUAAUUAAGCCGGACAAAUUCUGGGAGAAGCAUAAGACAUCAGUGUCAAGUGGAAAAUACAAAUUUGACAUUCAAAUGAUUUCGGUCGAAGGACUUACGCGAUAUAUCGACUCAUCGCAGUUAACGCGUGAUUUAGGUGGUUCACUAUUUUAUGAUCACGAUGAAUGGCUUGAGACAAGAUUGGAAUUGGAAAGGUUGAUAUGGCAAACGAUUGAUGUUAUGCAUAAUUUUGAAAAUUUUCGUGAAGAAAUGAAAAAUGGUGAAAUGCCAAUUGAUGUUGCUACAGCCGAACGUGCCACAGCAGCACAUGUUGUUCUGAAGAAGAAAAUCUUAGGUGCACCAAUCGAACGGAUUCAAUAUGAUGUUGAACGAGUACAGCAAAGGAUAUCAGGCUGUACUGAUGGAACACCCGAUGAUAAUUAUAAUUCAUCAAAUGGACUGCUAACAACUAAUCCAGACCUUACUGCUGCCCUUCCUCAUCUUGCAUCCCUUGUCAAUUCGCUUCGUACCUCAAAAGAUGAAAUUUUUGUACAGUGGGAAACACGUCGGCAGAAGCUGGAUCAUUGCUAUCAACUCAAACUUUUUGAGCAAGAUGCAGAUAAAAUGUUCGAUUGGAUUCGUAGUCAUUAUGCUUUAUCAAUGCAACGACUUCUUGAAAUUGGUGAUUCUGAGCAGUCAACUUCAGCCUUACUUACAGAACAUCUUGAUUUUAUCGCAGCAGCUAAUAAUACUGAGGUUAAUGUAUCACAUGUAAUGACGGUUGCCAAACGCCUUCGCGAAAUUGGAAAUUACGGAAAAGUACAAAUUGAAAACGUUGCGAUGCAUUUGGAUGAAGAAUGGCGACGAUUUAAACAAGUCAAUGAACAGCGUUCUCGACUUCUUGAUUUGGCGCUUUCUUUUCAUCGUAAAAGCCAUAUUUAUUUGUCAAACAUGUCAUCAUGGUUGCAUAACAUUACAUUGGAUAAUGGUAGACGGAUGGGUCAGUAUUCCGGUGAUGAAUUGGAAGCGGCAAUCGCUGAACACGAACGUUUUGGAGAAAUGAUUUUGCAAACAUAUGCUGAAGCCGUUGGUGAUGGCCGCUCCUUAACGCAAAUCUUAAAAACUUUAGCAAGCGAUGCAGUUGGACAGAAUAAUGCUUACAAGCAUGUUGUUGAUUUGAUUCAACAAAUAACUCGAGCACAUAAAGAAUUACAUUCUCAAUGGCAGGCCAAAAAGCUACGUUUACAUUCCAGACUUGCACUGAUUGCUUUUGAAACAGAUACUCAUAGAGUUCUUCAAUGGUUAGAAGAACAUGGUGAUGCAUACCUAAAUAAAAAUACUGCUAUUGGUAAUAAUUUAUCGCAAGCAAAAGUUUUACAAAGGAAUCAUAGUCAUUUCCGGUCGGUAGCCUCUAAUACCUACUCAAACGCGGAAAAAUUAUUUACCGCUUCUAAUACUAUCAUUGAGUCCGGUGAAUGCGAUGUACAACAGAUGAGUAUUGUAGUGGAAGAAUUGAGGAGACGAAUUGAAGCUUUCUCCGUUAGAGUUGAAGCACGACGAGAUUUGCUGAAUAAAUCGGUUUUGUUCCACACACAUUACAGUGAAAUUAUGGAAUGGUAUGGACGAAUGGAGGUGAAGAGUAGUCAGUAUGAUUUUGUUUCUACAAAUGUUCAAGAAGGUGAACGUCGUAAAGAAGAGUGGAUGAUUGAAAGUGAUGCAACGGCGCAGGCGUAUGCGACUACAAUUGGUGAAGGAAAUCAGCUAAUCAAAGCACUGGAACAACAAGCUAAAAUGAUGAACAUUGAUAAUCAUGAAGUAGUUGCUGUCAUCGAGCGUUUAAUCAAUGAUAUUGAGCAGCGGCAUGCAAAACUAGCUGAUCGUUGGCCACAUCAAAGACGAUCUCUUCAGCUUGGUGUAAAAUUUGCAGUUUUUGUCAAGGAUUGCAAACAGAUUAUUCAACAACUUAAGAACUGGCGAGAAGAUAUGGUGGCCUUGGUGAAAUCUAAUAAUUUCGCUGAACGUGCAGAACACAUUCUACCAUAUCAAGAUGAUAAUACUACUCAGGUUAAAAAUGCUGUCACUGGAAUAAAAAAUAAUGCUGCUGAACUACUACAGGCGCUUCGAGACAACGAAUCUACACUCGUUAAUACAGAAGGUAUCCUAGCCACCGAUGUGAUUAUUACUAGCUUACAACAACUGACGGAUUGUCAACGUGAAGUAAUGCAGGUAGCACAGGAAACACAUCAUCGAAUUGAGCAGUGCAUGCAAUUCAAUCGUGCACGCGCAAUGGCAGCAGUUGCAAUACAAAAAAUGCAAUACGAAGAAACAAAAUUACUUCACAUGAAUACAAUUCCGAUUUCUUUGGAAGAAGCUCUAGCUGCUCAGGCUGCUCACAAACAGUUUCAGCAUGCUAUCGAGAGUAUUAGUCGUACAACAAGUGCAUUUUUGAAUAAAACCGACCAACUGAUUAGCAGCGGUGGUGUUGAUGUCCGCUUGGUAGAUGAUUUGAAUGAAGAAGUACUAAAUCGUUGGAGACGAUUAGUAGGUGUUACAGAAGAAAGGAAUAAAUUAAUUAAAGCCGGUGUUGUGUGCUACAAAACACUACAUCAGGGAGUCAUGCCAAUUUUGGACCAACUCGAGAAAGAAUACAGUAUGAGUUCGAAAGACUGGUGCCAAAUUAGAAAUGGAGAAGAUGCUAAAGAUCGAGCGCAUCAUAUGUCAAGCUUGUUAUCGAAACAUAUGGAAUAUAAAGAGAGAUUUCUAAAGGGUUGUUCAUACGGGCAGAAAACAUCAGAGAUGUUUCUGAAAUAUAUUCGACGUUGUGAGGCAUCAACAGAGCAUAUAAGAAUACAUGAAACGCGCCUUUUAGCUCUUAAGGAAAAUUUGCGUAAGCGACAAAUGAAAAUUCUGGAUUUAUGGAUGCGGAAAAAGCAACAACUUGAUCGUUGUCAUGAAGCAUGUCUUCUUGAAGCCACGGCCACUGAGAAUGCUGAGUGGAUAGCUGUUGAAGGUGAAACAUUUUUAAAACAGUGUUUGGAAAGGCAAUUAAACAUGGCGAAUCGAGAAAAUUUAGAAGCAUACAUGGAUGAAUAUAUGACAUUCAAAGCUGAAGCAAAGCAAAAAAGGUUGAAAGUUCGAAUGAUGCUUGAAUUGGCUGAAAAAUUCCUCUCCGUGCUAGAUCACCAUUGUGAUGCCAUCGAACGAAAAAUGCUUGAUGUACGAUCAAGCUAUGAACAUUUUUCCAUGCGCCUUGCUGACUAUGAAAAUUUACUUUCCGGAGCACUCGGGCGAAAACUGGAUGUAAAUAAAGCGAAAGAUGAAUUUUCUUUGGAUAGAAAAAGUGAUUCGAAUAUUGAAGCAAAAAUUGAGGUCGAACGAUUAGCUAAUGAAGAAAAACGUAAGAUGAGAGAGCCAAUGAUGGAGUUGAUUAAGUCUGAAAAAGAUUAUAUCGAAGACUUGCAUAAAUGUAUUAAAUAUUACCUAAGUGCAUAUCGUGCAGCAAAUGAUACAUUACCUCUAGCAAUUCGCGGUAAAGAGAAGGAAAUUUUCAGCAAUAUCGAACAACUUUAUAAAUUUCAUAAUGAAGUAUUCCUGCCAGAAUUGAUCAAACACGAAAAUGAUCCAGAAGAUGUGGGCUAUUGUUUCAUAUUUUCCGUUGAAAUGCUAAAUACUUUGUACACGGAAUAUUGCGUGAACAAAGAACAAAAUAAUUACAUUAUUGCUUUGCCAGAAGCUAUGCAAUUCUUUUCGGAAAUUCGUGAAACAAGUGGUUUGGAACACAGUCAGGACUUGUCAUCUUUGGUAAUCAAGCCUGUUCAACGAAUUACGCGAUAUCGUUUAAUGCUUGAACAACUGCUGAAAAAUUGCAAGCAUAAUGUUGAUGAAAUCAGGGAAGCUUAUGAUGUAGUCGUUAGCGUGCCACGACGAGCCAACGAUCUUAUGCAUCUUGGCAAUUUUGAAAAUUAUAAAAAACUUGGUGUUCUUGGUGAUUUUGUGAUGCAAGAAUCAUUUUUGGUUUGGGAUCCCAAAGCGUAUUUCAAGAAAGGUCGAGAAAGGCAAGUCUUCCUGUUUGAACUGUGCGUUGUGUUCGCAAAGAAAACAGAAUUAUCAAGUCGAGCAAUCAAAUAUACCUACAAAACUCAUCUGAUGUUGGCUGAGGUCAAUGUCUGUGAGCAUGUGGAAGGUGAUGCGAGCAAAUUUGCAUUGCGUCAGGGAAAUGAGCCAAAUACGGAAAUGCGUACGGAAUUGAAAGCAGCUAGUGAACAGUGCAAAGUGCAUUGGGUCAAGAAGAUUCGAGAGUUGAUGCAGGGACUGAUGACUGCCAAUUUUGAUAUGAGGCAAGUAUCUGCACGAAAUUUAAGUGCCACAACCACAACAUCGGUGUCAGAUCGUACAUCGAAAGACAGUGAUAGUUUGCCGACAAGUAAUGAGGAUAGAAAUUCAUUGCGUAGUUGUACUUCAUCAAGCAGUAAUCACAAUUUGGAGGUUGGUACAGCUUCAUCCUAUAUGUUGCAUUCAAAAAGAAGAAAAUAUAAACUGGAAGAUGAACAGAGCGAAUCUUAA